GCUGUCAGACCUCCCCUCCCAUGUCACCAUAGACCAUUGCCCGUGCAAACAUGUGCUGCGGGCUUUUAUGUCAGGCACUUUCUAAGGAUAAGGCGCUGGCCGUGCGGCAUGUGACACUUCUGGGUGUAUGGACCAAACCCAGUCCAAAAGGGGUUAAAAAUAUGUUCGAACGUGAAGAGGAAAACGACCCCACACUGAACCUUGGUUGCAUAAGCUGUUUAUCUGACUGAUAUUUGGGUGGGUCCGAUUCUUGGUCAGGAGUCAUAAACUUAAAGCAACAGCUCAUAUGAGGGAACUAAUACAGGCUGGACAUGAAACAGCAGUCAUAUAACAGAGGGCUAAAGCGUUUUCAUUCACGAUUCAAGAUUGCUGGUUGAUUUGCUGCUAAUUUGAAAUUACAGCAUUAGUUGUUUAAUCCAUUUUUUAGGUCCAGAGUGAUGUCAUUGACCAGAUCCUGGCCCGCUGCCACCCACUCAGCCUCGGAGGAGUCAGUGGGUCUAAAACCUUCCAAACGCCACGUGCACCGCCCGCAAACCCAAAGAGCAGCUCCGCUUACAGCUGUCUGCUCGUAAAAUUAGACCCCCACAGUCGCACCGUGGGCGUCAGCGGGACAGGACAACUGGGCCGACUCCUGGAGGAGAUGGACCCAAACCACAAGGCCCAUUUUUACUUUGGAAGGUGCACAAGAUGUGACAAAGAGGUGUGUGGUGCAGGAAGAGCCUGUCGGGCCAUGGGACGCUUAUUCCACGACACCUGCUUCACCUGCUGUGUCUGCACUAAAAAGCUCGCAGGAAAGCCAUUUUAUUCAACGUCAGGAGGAAUCUACUGUGAAGAGGACUUCCUAUACUCGGGGGCUCAUCCAUCCCCAGAGGUGUGCGACAGCUGUGGGUUCCUAAUCAGCGACCUGCUCCUGCAGGCUCGUGGGAAGUCCUACCACCCUUCCUGCUUCCGCUGUGUCGUCUGCAGACAGAGCCUGGAGGGCUUGCCCUUCGCCGUAGACUCGCGGAGCAGGGUCUAUUGUGUCACCGACUACCACAGGGUCCAGGCUCCCUGGUGUGAUGCCUGCAGAACACAGAUAUUGCCAACUGAGGGAUCAUCUGAGUCAGUUCAUGUUGAAUCCUUAAGCAGAAUUUACCAUGUGAAAUGCUAUGAAAGGAAGCAAACUCUAACGAGGACAGGGGCAGACUAGGCUUCAUCACUCUAUGACUUCAUGCUUGUAUUCAUCAAACCAUGAUUCAUUAAUGUUUGCAAAUAAAGACUACUAAGAGGCCAAAGAGAAAACUGCAAAUUUUUAAAACCCACAUAAAAUCAUAUAUUUAAAUCCACUAAA